GCAGAAUAUUUCAUUCAAUGAGUUCUUAAAUUUUUUUCCAAUUUCUUUCCAAUCCUUUGAACUGUUACAGCCAAAGUUCAACUCGAAUCAAAAUCUAGGCGUUGUUAUUACUGGACGCAUCUGUCAUCCUCUUUUAAUAGAUAGUCAUAUCAUUUGACUAUUUACUCUCGUCACACCUAUAUUUUUGCGUGUCUCGCGAGCAACGUAUCUAAAUAAUAAUAGUGCCCAGUGCCCAGUGCCCAAGUAUUCCAUCCGAACUUCUCAUCUCAAUUGCCAUUGAAAGAAAUGGGUAAUAGAUCGAGUCUUCUGUUGCGCGAGGAUGAAAUAGCGCAAAUACAAAAUGUCACCGGUUUUACACCGAAUCAAAUCGAACGGUUGUACAGCCGUUUCACGAGUCUGGAUCGCGGUGAUUGCGGGACGCUCAGUCGAGAGGAUUUUCUCAGAAUCCCAGAAUUGGCGAUAAAUCCGCUCGGGGAGAGAAUAGUGAACGCCUUCUUCGAAGAGAGUGGAAACGACAGAGUGAAUUUCUUACAAUUCAUGCAGGUCCUGGCCCGUUUCAGGCCAAUCAAGAAGAAUAGCCCUAAUCGAUUGAAUUCUAGACAGCAAAAAUUGAGAUUUGCAUUUAAAAUGUAUGAUUUGGAUAAUGAUGAUUUGAUUUCAAAGGACGAAUUACUUGCUAUUUUGCAUAUGAUGGUUGGCGCCAAUAUUAGUGAGGAACAGUUAACUAGCAUCGCAGAGCGGACUAUAGUUGAAGCUGAUGAAAAUGGUGAUGGUAUUAUAUCAUUCGAAGAAUUUUGCAAAGCAUUAGAACGUACAGAUGUCGAACAAAAGAUGUCCAUAAGGUUUCUCAGUUAAAUAGAUUGUUGUUUUAUACAUGAAACAGCAUAAAAUUUAUACAUGUAGGAGUAAGUGUUGAGAAAUUGUGUGGCUUUUUUUGCAAUUACAAUUGUGCUAUAAAUGUAUAUUUAUGUACCUAUUAUAUGUAAAUAAUAUGUAAAUAAUUCUUAUAUAUUAUACUGUUGCCAUUCUCAAGAAAAUAUGGAGUAUUGAUAUAAAUGGAAACAAUUUUCAAUAAUUGCUUAAAUAUGGUAUUGUUGGUUUUUAUUCAUGACAGUAAACAAUGGAAUGCAUAAUUAAAAGAAACGAGAAAAGAAGUUUGACAGAAUUUCUAUAAUAUGGAUAGUUUUACGAAGAAUUUAAGAAAAAAAAAUAAUAAAUAUU